GUGUUGGAAAUUUUCGGUUUUCGUGGUCAUAAUGACAAAUAACUUGGCUAGAUGUAGGCAUUAUCUUGCGAUAAAAAAUACAGCAGGUUUUAGGCUACAGAGGAUAGACUUUUAACGGAUCAGACCCUCAACGUCGGAUUUUGACGCAUGCAGGGGGUCAACAUAGAUUUGCGCUCUUUAUAAAAAAAAAAAGCGAUUUGCCCGGUAUAUUUGUUAAUGUAUAUUUGUGUGUAUAAUUACUUCGACCGGACCUAACUGUUGUGUAAAAUGAUAAUAAUAAUAAUAAUAAUAAUAAUAAUAAUAAUUGUUCUUGCAUCUGUACCUUGCGUCACGUUGGCCAAUCAACUACUUCAGCAGUAAAACAUCAUUGCAUGCGACGAUCCCUAGCACCAUUGCGUUUUUCGAUUUCCAUACAAUGACAAAGCCAAAAUUCAGAUGUUGCCCUGCUUGCCAGGUUGAGAACCAGGCGAUUAGGAAGUUCUGCAUCGCCUGCUAUGCAAGCCUCAGCAAAAGUAAAAAGAUUGAGGCCCUCAAAGAUCGCCUGGAUAAUGAGUGGGGUCAGGGGGUCUGGAAAAAUCGGAAUGCAGCAAGAGUGGUUUCUUCUGCCCAAGUUGCAGUGCAGAAACUGGCUGCCUUGGGCUAUAUGCCCAUUUUAUUUAUAGGCAGAAAAAAAAAAAAUUCAUGGAUUGCUGAUAUAAGUGCUGGAAUGGCACUGAGUGAGGACACAAGACCUUUUGUUGAUGCCAUGAAAAAGGCAUCUGAGUAUUUACUUAAAAAGCAAGGACCCCAGAUGUCUCAGCCCCAGCCCCAACCUGACCAGCAUAUCCAACAGCAUAUCUCCACAACAGAGCCCCAGCCCCCAGAGUCUCCGGUCCACCAUCAGCCGCAGAUACAGCUCCAGGUCCCGACCCAGCCCCAGCCCCAGCAAAGUCAGCCACAGACUGCCAAACCAAACCCCAACAAAAGAAAAAAGGGGUGCCGAAAAUGCAUCAGGCAAAAAGUGUGGCAGUGGGACUCAAUAAUUGACAAAAGAAUGACAGAGGAUAAGGCUGAAGUAAAGGUGCGCUGGAUGCCUUGUUCCCAAUGUGGCAAAGCCUGGGAGGACACAUGGGAGCCGGCCAGCCAGUUCCCUUACUGAGCUUAGCACAGGACUCUUACAGCAGUGACCUGAAGUUUAAAAGAAUAUUUUAAAACAAUUAUACAAACACACACACAAACACACAUGCUUAAAGGUAUGUUUCAGUUAAAUUUC